AACCGUUCCGCAUUUGUUUAUGUUGGUAGGUUAAAGUCGUUCGGAGUGAAAUUUGGCCGUUUUAACCAUUUUUAAAGAAUGGAUCUAUUUCAACAAAGACCAUCUACUGGAUCGGGACACACAGCUACCCUGCAGGUGUUUGAAGUAAAGACUCCACCGAAUCAGCAGAUUAAUAGCUCUGGACUGGACCAGGAGGACAAGCUUUAUAAAGAUAAGAAAAACAGUCUGCAUCCUCCUCAAAGACUAACUGAAGCUAAUGUUUUUAAACAUACAAGUGAAGACUAUAUGGAGAACAUUACAAACUGCCACUCUGCACAGCUGAGUUUAAAUAGCCAAAUAAAAGAAGGGGCGAGUGAUUCGGAAAGUCAUUCUGACACAAAACGGCUUAGCUGCUUUUUCUGUGCAGCAGAAUUCACAACAGGAGGCCUGCUGACGAUACACACCUCAGAUCAUACAGGAGAGAAGCUGCUGACCUGCAUUAUCUGCAAGAAAACCGUCAGUUCAGAGUCGGAGCUUGUUAAUCAUGAGUGCGACUCUCUUGAGCAUCCUCAUAAACAAACCGAGGAACAGAUUCCAACCAACAAGCUGCUCUGCUGCUCUCAGUGUGGCGACGGAUUCACCACGAGCGAACACCUCGACCUGCACCUCAGGCAUCAUUCCAGAGGAAAACUGUUCAGUUGUUCGGUCUGUAACACCAGCUGCAGCGACAAAGACUCGUUGAUUCAGCACAUGAGGCUCCACACCAGACAAACCCAGUUCACCUGCCACGUCUGCGGGAAGGACUUCGCCUGGAGGAGGCACCUCACCAAACACAUGGAGGUGCACAGGAAAAGGAAGAAGGUGUUCCGCUGCAGAGUGUGUGGCGCUGAGUUUUGUACCUAUUAUCUGCUGUCUAAACACAAGACUAUUCAUCAGACAUCAGAGCUUCCUCAGGAACAGACCGAGGAGGCGGCUGAGGGUGAUGACAUUGGCACAAGAGACCCGGUGAACACAGAUUCUGAUCUGCAAAAAGAGACCAACAUGGAGGUUUCAGCGUCUUUUAAAACUGAAAAUGACUUGUGGACAGACUCAAGUGAACUUCUGCCAAAUUUCAACCUCAAUGGACCCAAUAACGUCUCUGAGACUUACAGGAUCACAAAGAUACAGAAGAAGGUGAAGGAGGAGGAUUUGCGGCGUCCGCAGAUUAAAGAAGAAGAAGAGGAAACGGAGAUCGGCAGGUUCACUUUCAGUCCUGUGCCGAUGAAGAACGAAGACGAAGAAGAGAAGCCUCAGUUCUUACAGCUUCAUCCCACAGAGGAGCAUAAAGACUGUGUGGAAGAAGGGGAACCAGGUAAGACGGAAAAAACCUCAGAGUUUUCCGACCCCGACACGGACGACAGCGAAUGUUGGAGACCGAAAACAAAACUUGGGUCGGGUUCAAAUUCAGAAAGCGAUUCUGGCAGAAAUCCUUCCAGCUGCUCCAAUAACAAACCGUCGGAGUCUUUGCAACCCGAGAGCGACGACAGCGUCGACAGCGACUUCUGGAAGGACUACAAGAAGCCGCAGUUGAGUUCAAACCCGCAGAAACAAGAGGCUUUGGAGAAAGGAGUGAAAUACGUGACGGACGUAAAACCAUACAGCUGCCCUCAGUGUGCCAAAGCCUUCCGCUAUAGCUCCUACCUGAAGAUCCACAUGAAGCAACACACAGAGAGGUACUUCUGUUCCAUCUGUGGACACAAAUCCACCUCCAGCUCGAACCUCAAGGUUCACAUAAGAACUCACACUGGAGAGAAGCCGUUCAGCUGCUCGAUUUGUGGGAAAAAAUACACAAACAAGGCAAGCAUGCUGUCUCACAUGUCCAUCCACGAUGCGGAAAGGAAGUACAACUGUGACACGUGUAAGAAAAGCUUUGCCUGGUUCACGGAGCUCAAAUACCAUCAGUGUGUUGGUGAGUCGUCAGGGGAACAAACACACGAGGAGGACACGAGCAUCAACCUGAAACGAUACACGCUAUACAGCUGAAGUGACUCAUCUGCAGACGUUGCUUCAAUGACUAUUUUUUUCGGUUUGAAAAAUUGUAUGUCAGUUAUUUCCUGAAGCUUCUUGAAACAGUGAGGUUUUUACUGAAAAAUAUUCUCAGAAAUGGUUAAUUUCUUAAGGAAGAGCUCAGUAGUGCCACCUUCUGAUAAAAAAAUAAAUGAAGUUCAAGUUAAAGUGUCUUCUUGCAUCCUAUGGAGCUGGUUUAGUACCAGAAGCAGAUUUACAGGGAAAUCUGAUUCUACAACUGAACACCAUUUUUACUGAAGAAUUUACAAAUUUAUUUAUUUAAUAAUCUUCAGCUAUGCUGUAUCUAAAGUUUUUUGAGGUUUGCAAAAAUCCAGAGACUAGGUCUGGUCUUUUAUUUUCAAACCUAAGAAUGAGUUUGAUUCAAGAGAAAUCAAUGUUUUGUAUCCCUCAACUGUUUUAUACAUUUAUCUCAGUAUGAUGAGUUUUCAAAUUCAUCAUAUUAAGAUAAAUUGUCAUAAAGAGCAUCUUGGAAUAAGAAAUACUGUCAUACUAAAGUUGAUAUACGACCAAAUAAGCUGCAGCUCCACUUGUGUCAGGAAUAAAACUCUAAUGAAAUAGUAUUUUUAUUUGUUUAAACUUUUUUUUACUAUUGUUUUUAUUUAUUUGUGUUUGUUUUAUCUGAAAUCCUGAAAGUUUGGGAUAAAAAUCACCAAAGCGAAUCUAUUCUGAGAAUCUCUUCAUAAAGCUGUUCCAGAAGCAGGGAUCAUUGGUUUUCUGUCAGGCUGCCUGAAAUAAUCAGGUUUCCUGAAGUGUUUGUCAGGCUGUGUGGUUUAGAAAUGUGCUGAUUAAUGCAACAGGUUGAGUCAGAUUUUCUGUUUCAGGGCUAGAAUUUGUAUUUUAAUUUAAAUCAUUAAUAUUCCAAUGAAAUGAGUCCAAACUGCUGCCUUUCCAGAUGAAAGGUUGUAGUGGGUCUGUUGUUAAAUAAAACGACACGGACGAUGCUAAGGUUGCUUUUUGUUAUUUUUGUUUAAUUUAUUUGCAGAUUUACAUUUUAUGUUGUAGUAAUGAGGAUAUUGUGGAUAACUGGCCAUAGCGGAGUAAAUUUCCACCAAAAGAAAUGUAAGAGAUUAACAGUUUCAAUAAAAAAACUUGAAUACUCUUUGAUGUCAAAAAGUCAAGAAUUUACUGGAAAA